UUUCCCUUUGGUGUUCAAAAUUAUCCAGUCCAAAAGCAGUUUCUCGUAUUUAAAUAUUCCAUUAUAAUUCAAAAACUUCAAAUAUUUGUUCUUAUUUCCCUUUAUCUGCUAUAAACAUAUUUCCUUAAAAUCUCUCUAUGAAAGAGUAACCUGCACUCUACCACUACGUCUCUUUUGAGAAAACAGGGAUAUUUCUUUUGUUAUCAAGAGAUAAAAAUGGCGUCUUUGAGAACUUUUACUAUGUCAUUGUUCUAUGCCUUGGUUAUUUUCAUGGUGGUUUCAGCACCCUUUGUUCUUGGCUUUCCUCCAUUUGGUCAAGAAGUAAAAGGGGUUUUUCCAGAUGUAAAGAUUCAGAAAGAAGGGAAGAGGAGUAUUAAUAAAGAGACAUCAAAGGAGGAAGAAUCAGCUAGACAAAUUCCAACAGGACCUGACCCUCUUCAUCACAACCACCUUCCUAAAAUUCCAUGAAUAUUACUAUUAAACAAUAAUAUUGGUGCUCACUCUCAUCUUCUGUCAAAAGCCCUUUUACUAUGAAAUUUUAUCUUUUAUGUUCAAUGUGGUCUAUAUAUGUUGUUCAACCAUGGAAUAGACAAGUUCUCUUACUUAGAA